AAAUUUGACAAGCCCAACUGUAGACACAAGGGGGCUGAAGUGUAUUCAUCCUUGUCAAGCUUGGAUGGUGACAUCCCUGACUUGGACAUCAGAAUUCGUGAACACCUAUGUGAUAAUCAUUGCAACCAUUGUUCUCGACCUCUUCCAACUGUGUACUUCCAAUCGCAAAAGAAGGGGGAUGUAGUCUUAUGCUCUGAUUGUUUUCACCAUGGAAGAUUUGUUGUUGGACAUUCUUGUCUUGACUUUGUAAGAGUGGAUCCAUCCAAAUUUUAUGGCGAUCAAGAUGGAGACAAUUGGAAUGAUCAGGAAACUCUCUUACUUCUUGAAGCUGUGGAACUCUACAAUGAAAAUUGGAUUCAGAUUGCAGAUCAUGUUGGUUCCAAAUCAAAAGCUCAAUGCAUUCUUCAUUUUCUUCGAUUACCUGUGGAGGAUGGUCUUUUGGAUAAUGUUGAGGUUCCAGGUGUAACUAAUUCGGAAAACCCUGCAAAUGGAUAUGACCACAAAGGAACAGAUUCAAAUGGAGAUAUACCCGGAUAUUCGGAGCAAGAUUCUGACACUGAGAUCAAGCUUCCUUUUGUGAAGUCUCCGAAUCCGGUUAUGGCAUUGGUUGCAUUUUUGGCAUCAGCUGUUGGACCUCGAGUUGCUGCGUCAUGUGCCCAUGAGUCCCUUGCGAUUUUAUCUGAAGAUGAUAGGAUGAAAUCUGAGGGAGUGCAAGGGAAAGAAGCUGGAGAAAAUCAGCAGCAAGAUGAAAACUCAGGAGCACAUAAAACAUCGAGCCAAAACGGAGCAGAACCACCGACUCCACUGCCACAGGAUAAGGUUAUGGUAGCAUUUAGAGCCGGUCUAUCAGCUGCAGCAACGAAAGCAAAAUUGUUUGCCGAUCAUGAAGAACGUGAGAUCCAAAGGCUUUCUGCAAAUAUCGUAAAUCACCAGCUGAAGAGGAUGGAGCUGAAACUAAAGCAGUUUGCAGAAAUUGAAACGUUGUUGAUGAAAGAAUGCGAACAAGUAGAGAAAACACGUCAGAGAUUUGCUGCAGAACGAGUCCGUAUGCUCUCAGCAAGAUUUGGAUCACCUGGAGGAAUCCCUCCACAGACUAAUAAUAAUAAUCUCCAAGGGAUGUCUCUGUCCACAGGUGGUAACAACAUCAAUACUCUCUUGCAGCAGCAACAACAACAAGUUUCAGCAACUUCUCAACCAAGCAUCAUCCCAGGAUUCAGCAACAACCCGCAAGUCCAUGCGCAGAUGCAGUUCAUGGCACGCCAACAACAACAGCAACAACAAGCUUUCUCGUUUGGCCCGAGAUUGCCUCUCAAUGCGAUACAGACGAAUGCAGGAUCAACGGCUUCACCAAAUGUCAUGUUUGGCAACAACCAACUUAAUAACCCUGCAGGAGCAGGAGCAGCAGCAGCAUCCAUCAACCAACCCUCGUUUAGUCACCCAAUGGUUAGGUCUUCCACGGGUUCAGGCUCAGGGUCUGGUUUAGGCUUAAACUGAGAAGUAUCUCAUUAGCUUUACUUAAUAGCUUAUCAGUAUCCAUAUUUAUUUUAUUUCCGCCUUGUUAUUUGUUAUUGGCUUUGAGACAGACCGGUAGUGUUGUUCCUAAGUUAGUAGUGUCUUGUAGUAACAAAAUCAUUCUCGGUUGUGAAUUAAACAGUUACCAAUCUUAAUGUCUGCUGUCUAUGUCUCUCUUCCCUAA